AUGGCCUUCUCCUCGUUCCCAUGGCCGUUCCACCGCCGAUCCGGCGGCAGCGGCAGCGGCGGAACCGGCCCAAGCAAACCCUCUGCCGCGGAGGGGAAGGAGGAGGACGCGGAGGAGCUCGGCGUCACGCCGCAGCUCCUUGACUUCCUCCGGACACUCUCCCCCGACGCCUUCAAAGGAUCCGCGGAGUCGGCGGCCGAACUCUCAGAAUGGCAGCAGCGGCACGCCGUCCUCGUGAUCGCUAGAGCCAAGGAACUCGCUAAGGUCCGCUAUGAUCUGUGCCCACGCCACAUGAAGGACAAGCAGUUCUGGACAUACAUCUUGUCGUAA